CGCUUUGCGAUAAAUCUCAGGCGCUGUGAAAACGAAAGGGAAAUCUAAUUGAAAAAAUAACUACUGAAAAACAAAACCACCGAAAACAAAAAAAAAAAAAAAAAAAAAAAACCAAAACAAGUGACGUCUUUAAAUAUUUACAAAUAACCGCAAAAUAGUUUUCGAAACCAGAAAAAUAAAAUGACAACAUCCAUAACUACUCUGCUGCAGGCGCUGCGUAUUGUGCCCCUCUCACAGGCGGAAAAGAAAGCGCAACAUAAGUCAGGCGCACACAAGAAGGUGUUAACGGAUCGUCUUUGCGAAGCCCUUCCAGAAAUCUCUUUGGAUGCUGUGGCCCAUCAUGAUGACUACUCCGACUGUUGGGUGGUAAUCUAUGAUCGGGUCUACGAUGUCACCACAUUUCUUCAAGAUCAUCCCGGCGGUGCUGAUGUAAUUAUGGAUUAUGCUGGCCGCGAUGCAACAUUGGCCUUUCAUGGCACGGGUCAUUCACGUGAUGCCAUCGAACAAAUGCGAGAUUAUUUGAUUGGAGAAUUGCCGCAAAACGAGCGAAUCUUUCGUACAGCCAAUAGUCAGGUUUUGAAAUCGGGCAUACCGGAAUAAGUCACGGGGAGAGGGGAAGAAUCGGAGAUUGUUCUUCCAUGAUUUCUGACUGGAAAAUAUAUAUACACACACACACCUACAUAUACGAGUAUUCAGUUUUUAUUUUCCUAUUCUAAGAGCAGAGCAGAGGAAACCACAGAGCUUUAAUGUAUUUCCUAGUGAUUUUGUGACACCCCGCACACCCCGCAAUCAUUCGUUUUUUUUUUUUGUUUGAUUCCCGUGUCAUGUAUUUAUUUAUUAAUUUUUUAAAAUGCACCGUCGCCACUCUUUACAUGUUUUUUUUUAAUUUAUUUUGUUUUAUUUGAAAAGAAAAGUGAAACCUUUCAGAGUAGAAACCGUGUAUUAGAAAGGAAUUCUUAUUAGAACCCCCUCACCUGUGCCCCCCCACCCCAUUAAGAAAGGAUUAACUCCGUUUAUUUGACUGAUAUUGUGUAGCAAACCACCAGUUGCGUUUCACACCCAUGUUGUAUUUUUAAUUGCUAUUGUUUAUGUAAAUAUUUUAAUAUAAAAAAUUUCAAUUUUAAAUAGAAUAUAAAAAAAUUAUAAUCCAAGGAGAGGUUAAUGGGUUAUCCCUUUACAAAAUAAAUCGUAACAAAUAAAUGUU